CGACUCGAGUGGGCAUGUAAAUAAUCGAAAUUUUUGUCAUUUAUGACUUUGUUGAGGAAUCACUUGGGAAGGCAUUGUCGAUUGUUUUUUGGUUGGAAACAUCAUUUUGUAUUUCAUUAUACCUGUACCUACUAUACAAUGUCUGACGGUGGCGAGAAAUUUGUACAAGAUGGUAACCAAGAAACGAGAACUAAGGAAUCAUCUCAGAAAGAAACAACAGAUAUUGAAAAGCCUCGACAGAAACUUUCCAAAGCUGAGAGAAUAGCGUUAAGAAACCAAGCGAGUUUAGACAACAGUUUGUCGACGAAGAUAAACUAUCUUUGCGUCCAGGACGAAUCAACACAGAACUUUGGCGAAUAUCAGCUUGUUCAGUCACUUGAAACGGUUUCAAGAAGCACUAUUGUGUUUACUUCUGUUUCUAGUUUAGAUAAGGAGAAAGUUGGCAAGCAGGUAUGGAUACGUGCGAGAGUUGAUACAAUCAGACCGAAAGGACGAAGUGCCUUUUUGGUUUUAAGACAAUCACAGUAUACUUUACAAGCAGUCGUUUCAGAGUCAGAGAGAGUUUCCCGACAAAUGAUAAAGUGGAUGACCAAGGAAGUAGGAGAAGAGUGUCUUGUAGAUAUUUACGGCAGUGUUGUUGCAGCAGAAGUAAAGUCUUGUUCUCAACAUGAUGUUGAACUGCAUGUUUGGAAGCUAUACAUUGUUAAUAAAGUGAAAGCGAGACUUCCUAUUCGAGUCGAAGAUGCUGGACGUCCAGACUGGCAGGAAGGUGUUCAUGUGUUAAGAGACACAAGACUGGAUAAUAGAGUUUUAGACCUUCGUGUUCCGUCACAGCAAGCAAUCUUUCGUAUUCAGUCCGGAGUUUGUCAACUUUUUCGGGAAAUUUUGUUACGAGAAAGCUUUAUUGAAAUACAUUCUCCUAAAAUAAUUGCAGGUGCUAGUGAAGGUGGUGCAGAAGUUUUCAAACUGAAUUAUUUUGGACAAAAUGCAUGCCUUGCUCAAAGUCCUCAACUUUAUAAGCAAAUGGCUAUUUGUGGUGAUUUGGAACGCGUAUUUGAAAUUGGACCCGUCUUUCGUGCUGAAAAUUCUUAUACACAUCGUCAUUUGUGUGAGUUUAUUGGAUUAGAUAUCGAAAUGGCCAUUCGAGAACAUUAUUUUGAGGUGCUUGAUGUUUUAGAACGAUUGUUCAUUGGUAUCUUUGAAGGCAUUUGUCAGCGUUUUGCAAGUGAAAUUGAGUUGAUUCAACAAAAAUUUCAAAUAUCUCCCAUUACUUAUCUUCCUGCAGGACAAAAUCCUCGAUUGCAUUUUCCAGAAGCAGUGCAGCUUUUGAGAGAUAACGGUUAUGUUCUAGAAGACUUGGAAGACCUUUCUACAGAGAAUGAGAAGGCUUUAGGAAAGAUUAUAAAGGAAAAGUAUGGAACAGAUUUUUAUACAUUGGCAAGUUUCCCUGCAGCAGUUCGACCAUUUUAUACGAUGCCUAAAGCAGACGAUUCUCGAUAUUCUAAUUCUUUUGAUAUGUUUUUACGAGGAGAAGAAAUUGUUUCUGGAGCACAGCGCAUUCACGACUCGGAGUUGUUAGAAACUCAAGUAAAAGCAAGAAAUAUUCCUUUAUCAUCCAUUGAAGAUUACAUUAAUGCCUUUAAAUAUGGAACUCCACCACAUGGAGGAGCAGGAAUUGGUUUAGAACGUGUAGUCAUGUUAUAUUUAGGUAUUCCGUUAAUGGAUUCUUCCGAGUUGUUACAAGACAAAUAUGGCUUUUCUUUGGAAGACUAUUCUUUUCUCUUCUCCAGUCAACCAAAGGCAGUGACACAAGAGUUGACUGCGGAUAAUAUUGAAGGAACCAUUCCUAAAGAUAUUAUCGGUUCCUAUUUUCUGAAUGGUCCUGGUCUGUUACAAAUAGAUGGAGACUGGUUUCACCCGUUUGAUGGACACGGAUUUAUUCGAAGUCUUACGUUUAGAGGCGAUGGUUCUUGCUUGUAUCGUUCGAAAUUUGUUGAGACAGAAGCCUAUUUAGAGGAAACGAAAACUGGACACGGAGUGUAUCGUGGCUUUGGGAAACUUUCGGGAGGUUGGUGGCGGAAUGUUAGAGCAAAGAUAUUUAAAGUACCUGCUAAUACUUGUGUGAUCGAAUGGGCAGAUAACCUAUUAUGUCUUCACGAAGGUGGUUUACCUUAUGCGUUGGAUCCAAAAACACUGGAAACAAAAGGACAAUAUAGUUUUCAGAAUAGUUUAGCAGCAAAUGUAUCUUUUCUUGCUCAUACUCGACUGGACAAGGACAACAACCGACUAUUGGGUUGUUCUGUUGUUCCUGGUCGUCACACUCGAUUGACAGUUUAUGAGUUUCGGUCAGAUGGUUCACUAUAUUCUCAAAUAGAACAUUCCAUUGCUGGUCUUUGUUAUCUUCAUGAUUUUUGUUUUACCAAAAAUUUUUAUAUUUUUACUUCGUCUUAUUUGCAAUGGAAGCCUUUGUCUCUUAUAAAGGCAUUGGCGGGCUUCGAGUCUUUACCAAAAGCAGUUACUAGCCACACUUUCAAAGAUGCCGAUUUGUUUUUGAUUCCACGUCCUGAUUCGAAGCUUGAUCUUGAACCUGUCUCUUAUUCAUUGAAUGAACCCUUGUUUACUAUUCAUCUAGGCAAUGCUAGUGAAGAAGAUGACAAGGUAGCAAUAUAUACCUGUUCUUUUAAAGAUUUCGUAAUAGGAAAUGAGUUUGGUUAUUAUCCUUGUCGUCCUGGUUAUUUCGACCCACGUGCCAAUGGAGGUGGAGCACCUCAGUAUCUUCUCCGUAUAGAAAUAGACUGGAAGAGGAAUCAUUUGAAUAAGAAAUGGAUAGAUCAUACAGCUUGUGACUUUCCCGAGGUGCAUCCUCAUCGAGAGGGAAAGAAGUGCAGAUAUCUGUAUGCUUGUGCUUCAGCUUUUGAUGAUCUUCCUUUUCCAUUCCAGUUAGUCGUCAAGUAUGAUUUGUUUCAAGAAACCAAAGAAAUAUGGCAUUGUGGAAAGACGGACUUUGUGGGUGAAGUAAUAUUUAUUCCUAAGAUGGAUGUUGAAGAGGAAGAUGUUGGAUAUCUCAUGGCGGCCAUUUAUCGUCCCAAAGGGCGAUGUGUUGAAUUUGCUAUUUUUGAUAGCCAACAAGUUGCCAAAGGUCCCAUUUGUCGUAUACGAUCUCCACAACCAUUUCCAUAUGGUUUUCAUGGUUCCUUUGCAGAAGAUGUUGUUGCAUAAUAGUAUUGGGAUUGAUAGAAUGUUGGGUGGGU